AAGUUAUUACGACGUUGAUUCCUAACGAAGCGACAGAGUCGAGCUCUCUCCUUUCCUCCUACUUUUAUUAUUAAUUUUUUAGCUCGUCUGCAAUAAUAAGAAUCGACUGUAAGAAAAAAAAAAUAAAAGAAAAAAAAAGAAAGAAAGAAAGAAAGAAAGGAAAGCCUACUUUAGUUUUUUUUAGAAAAUAUCUUUUUUCCAUCUUUAUCGACCGGUCGAUGAUUGAUUUGAAGUGUGUUCGUCGCGGCUGUAUGAAGUUUGCAAUAUUAAAACAAAAUCGAAAAUCGUGGUGGAAAAGUCAGGAUAAUCCCAAAACUAGGAUUUUCGAGGAAAGAGCAAUAGUGACAAGCGUUAAAAGAAAGUUGGCAAAACUGCUCUUUGAAAUUUGCGAAGAUUGCAAGAGAAUGGCGUCUAUUCCGCAGGGCGCGUUUGCGGCGUGCAAAGUCCGUUGCAAUCGAGAACGCAACGCUACGAUAUCACGGAUGGAGAAGAAAGAAAAAUCGUGUAAAGAGAAUACGUUCAACAUGAGACCCCCAUUGGAAGGUUGGGAACUCACGCCGUUGAAAUAUAACAGCAAAUUAAUGAACAGCAUCUGGGGACUUUAUAAUCGUUACUCGGUCCACAAUUUCAAGAAGAACAAUUCUAACGAAGGGGUAUUCGAGACGUUCGUGGCGGCUUGGAAAAUUAUUUUUCACGACCGUACACCCGCCGCUGUCGCCAACAACAAUUCUCAAAUUAUGUGAAAGAGAGGGGACAGUACACGAUUUCAUUUCUUUUUUUUUUUCACGAUACGAUUGAACGUGUGAUGAUCGUUUGUUCGAUGUGCAAUAAUUUAAAAAAAAAAAAGAUUUUUUUAACACUAUGUACGAUUUGUAAGUAUAAAGAAUAAUUGUAACAGUAUUGCACAUUCUUUCUAACGGCAUUUUUUUCAAACAAUAAACGUGUUCCUUUCCGCUGAUGGAAUUAAAAAUUGAA